AGCAAGCCAAAGCCAUCCAUGUACAAACAGUGCUUUAACCUUCCUCCCUGACGGUCACCUCUUCCCAAAGUAAACAUCCAGGGCACUUUUGCUGACAUUACUUUAGAUUACUUAUUCAGUUUUCUUUAGUAACACUUGAUUGGUAGACCAGGCCAGACAAUGCGCUUCCUCCAUCGAGUCUUCAUCUUAGCUUUCCUUGGUUUCAUUUUCCUUUUGUGGUGGGGUCAUCUUCUCUGGAGAAACCAAGACAAUCUGUCCAUUAUGGAUAAAGGAGUAGAUCUCCCACCGAUGUUUGAUAUGCUUCUCCAUAUUCAGCAGCUUAGGAAAAAGAGACUGAGGUCCUUCUGCAGCAAAACAGGUGUUGCACUGUGGCAAACAGCUGGAACUUUACAGGCCAAACCUCCACCAAAGCAUGAAUGCACAAAUUUGUCUCAGACUAGACAUGGCCAUGGGCAGAAAAGAGGACCAAAAAGAGGAAAUGCCAUCCCAGAAUGUCCAUGUGCUAACUGAUAUGUACAGAUGGAAGUGAACAUAUUGGCGACCAUGAGACCGUCAUACCUGCUCAGUCUGCUUUCCAGGUGCUAAUUACUGAACUCCCUUCUUAGGGUUCUUUGUCUGUAGAGUUGGCUUUCUUGUGAUGGUUGUCAUGCUCUCCAACUCCCUAACGAGGGGAAUGGACUGGCCGUUACUUUAUUGUCCUUCAACCAGCAGACACUUCCCGUUUUAUACUUGUGGUCUUUGAAUGACUGACCAUGAUGCCGAAGAAGAUUUUUUAUCAAGUGUACAAGACAUUUCCUUUAUUGAGGGGUUUAAAAUUUGUGCUUUUACUUUAAUUGGCCAGUAUUUUAUUCCCCAACUCCCUCACAACCUCCUAUUUUGUGCACAGUUGCACUUCUUCUUAAUUGCUGCUUUCCCAAGGUGGCCAUUUCUUGUGCUCAUUUGCUGUGGAAAUUAUUUUCCCACUCAAGCCUUGCAUACUUAAGUAGAACUCCUAACUUCUCUGUCUCUUCCCGUGUACCUGAUUUCAGAGGUCCUCAAAGCCAAGGCAUUGUGGAAAAGGUGGCCACUUAAGGAUAUCAGAAGUCAGGCGUUAUCCAGAUACCUAGCUGAGAUAUGGCCAUGCUAUGAAAGCAAGUAGGCAGCAAAUAAACGAGAGAAGCACCAUCUCUGUCUCGUUCUUUCACAUUUUGUACCUGGUGCCUUCAAGGAUACUGCCUUCAAAGGUUGCACCACACAGAGAGCAUUGCAAUAGAUUACCAACACAUGACAGAUUUCCUGUGUAAGUAGGGUGGGAGGUGUGCAAUCUGCCUAAGUAUAUAAAUAAUUAUAUAAAUAAUUAAAUAAUGGGUACACACAGGAAGAGACAGAGUUUUCCUCAAGUAUGCAAAGCUUGAUAGGGGGGAAAACUUCCUCACAAAUAUGCACAAAUUAUUACAAAGCAUUCAAAAACAAAUAUCAGUGGGUAACUUUAAGUCAUAAUGAGCAACCUCCAGAUGUCCACAUGUACUCAUAUCUGGACCUUAGAAGACUACUCCUACAACUCUCAUUCUCCCCUCAACAAAAAAAUCUUACAAAAAUGAUGUUAAAAAAAACAACCAAAAAAGCCACUCAAGUGACUGCAUUAAAAAACACACACAAAAAACAAAGGUCGGGCAAAGGGUAAU